AUGGACAAUAUAUAUAAGUUUAAGGCUAGCAGCUCAGUGGGGCAUUUAAAGAGUCUGAAUAAUGAUAAACAAUUUUAUUCAGAGGAGGAAAGCAGCAAGAAAGAGGAGGAGGAGAAACAAUUGAAGAAGCAAAGCAAGCCUCCUAGUAAAAUGUCUCAAUUCAGUAUGAAUGCAACUGGGUAUUAAACGGAUGAUUCUGACAAAGAGACUCCCAAGAAAAAUAAGGUCGGACCUUCAAGUAAUGAUUAUGGCCAUUAUUUUAGGUUAGAAAGUGUCAAAAUUUCGAAAUUUGGUUAAUUCUAAAAAGAUUGAAGGGGACAAUGAUGAUCCAAAUUUCGACGAUGAUGAUGACAAGCCAACUACCAUCUAACAAUAGGUUCAACAUGUUUAGUAGUAAAGUGAAGAUUAAUAUGAUGUGGAACAGUAGGCUAGUAAAAUGCAGCAGAAAUAUGCUAAGGGUGAGGUGGGGAAGUCAACAAAAGUGAAGUAAGAGAGAUGAUAAUGAAUAGACACUCUAAUACUCAACAGAGUAUGGACGUGAAUUCAGAUGUAGAGUAGAUGAAGAAUAAGUAGAAUCAGGAGGGGAAGUUGAGGAAUCAUCCUUUUAGACACCUUAUCUAUGGUCCAAGUAUAGGAGAGAAUUCAUUCAACAAGUUUUUACAAUUAACUCAAAGAGGCUUGGUCUAUGCCAAAAAGUGCUUAAAAGGACCUUCAGAUAAAUUUAUUAAAUCCAAGAUGGUUUAAUUGCAAGAAUGUCCAAUUAUUAAGCCAAAGACUCUCUUAUUGGAUUUAGAUGAAACUUUGAUUCACAGUUGUUCUCUAAGGGAGAAUCCUUAAGUAACUGUAACAGUCUUUGGAGAUUACGGGGAAGAAGCUAAGGUAUUUUGAUAUAAUGGAUUAUAGAUUCAUUUCAACAUCAGGCCAUUUUGCACAUGGUUCUUACAACAAAUGAAUUAGUUGUUUACUAUUUAUGUAUUUACAGCUUCGUCAUCUGCAUAUGCAAAUGCUAUUGUGAAUUAUUUGGAUCCAAAAAAGUAAUGGAUCAUGGGGAUUCUUUCGAGAGGAAAUUGUAUGGAAACAAAGAAUGGCUUUUUUAUUAAAGAUUUAAGAAUCGUGGGUAAUAAACAAUUGAAGGACAUGGUGAUAGUGGAUAACCUGGCUCAUUCUUUUGGAUUUUAAAUUGACAAUGGAAUCCCAAUCUUGGAAUGGCAUAAUGAUUAAAAUGAUCAAGAACUUAAAUACUUGGCCACUUACUUGAUGGAAGCAGCUGAACAAGAGGAUAUUAGAUAAUUCAAUAUAUAAAGGUUGAAAUUAGAUCAACUUAUAGAAUAUAAUUUAGAUUGAUUCAUUGACAAACAUAAUAUAUAUUAAUGUAUAAAC